AUGAAGUGGCUGCUGCUGCUCGGCCUGCUGGCACUCUCUGAGUGCGUUAUCCACAAGGUCCCUCUGGUCAAAAAGAAGUCCUUGAGGAAGAACCUUAGUGAGAAGGGAUUACUGCAGGACUACCUGAAGACACACAACCCCAAUCGGGCCAGCAAGUAUUUCCCCAAUGAGGUCUAUGCCAAGAAAACUACUGAGACAAUGGAGAACUACAUGGAUGCUGAGUACUUCGGCACCAUCAGCAUUGGAACACCCCCUCAGGAAUUCACCGUCAUCUUUGACACUGGCUCCUCCAACCUCUGGGUGCCCUCCACCUACUGCUCCAGUCUGGCCUGUGCAUUCCAUAAGCGCUUCAACCCUGAUGACUCCUCCACCUACCAGGCCACCAGCGAGACCCUCUCUAUCACCUAUGGCACCGGCAGCAUGACUGGCAUCCUGGGAUAUGACACUGUGAAGGUGGGAAGCAUCGAAGACACCCACCAGAUCUUUGGCCUGAGUGAGACAGAACCCGGCACCACCUUUAUGUUUGCUCCCUUCGAUGGCAUCCUGGGUCUGGGCUACCCCAGCAUUUCUUCCUCUGGUGCCACACCCGUCUUUGACAACAUGUGGAAUGAAGGCCUCUUGUCCCAGGACCUCUUCUCCGUCUACCUGAGCUCUGAUGAUGAGAAGGGAAGCUUGGUGAUGUUUGGCGGCAUCGAUUCUUCUUACUACACUGGACAUCUGAACUGGGUGCCUGUCACUUACGAGGGCUACUGGCAGUUCACCUUGGACAGCGUCACCAUCAAUGGAAAGGCCAUCGCUUGUGCAGACAGCUGCCAGGCCAUCAUCGACACAGGCACCUCCUUGCUGGCUGGACCCACCAGUGCCAUUUCCAAGAUCCAGAGCUACAUCGGAGCUUCUAACAGCGAGGGUACCAUCAGCUGCUCGGCCAUCGACUCCCUGCCUGAAAUUGUCUUCACCAUCAAUGGUGUCAAGCAUCCUCUGCCCGCUAAAGCCUACAUCCUGGAGGAGGAUGGCGCCUGCUCCAGUGGCUUCGAAGGCAUGAACCUCGACACCUCCUCUGGAGAGCUCUGGAUCCUGGGUGAUGUCUUCAUUCGCGAGUACUUCACCGUCUUUGACCGCGCCAACAAUAAGCUUGGCCUGGCUAAAGCAGUUUAA